AUGGCCUUGACGGAGAAGCACAAUGUACGGACCACACUCAACUAUUGGGACGACCCGGGAGAUGGCUUGCCCCCGACCCCCAUCUUCAUCGGCGAAGGAAAGGUGACGAACAAGAGGCCACACCUCCCUCACGAGUUCACCGUCACGGACAUAACAGGGGACGAAGACGACUACCGCCUGGAUACCCAUGGGUUUCAGUACUGUCGGCACAAGAGUCAAGAGGAGGAGGGCUUCACCAGUGAGGAGUCGAUCAAGUCAGUCUACUAUGAGGAAUGCAAGGAACUUCUGAAGGACAUCACGGGUGCCAGUCACAUCCACAUCUUCAACCACAAAGUCCGCCGAGGUCCAACACAAUGGCACCACUUGGGGUUCAACGGCAAGAAUCUCGCCAACCGUGGCCCAGUCACCAGAACACACGUCGAUCAGUCUUAUGUUGGUGCCGAAAGGAGGUUGAGAUGGGAGUUUCCUGAUAAGCAACAAGCAGACGAACUGAUCACGAGAAGAUAUCAAAUCAUCAACAUAUGGCGCCCGAUUCAGACCAUUCUCAAAGAUCCUAUUGCUGUGGCGGAUGCAAAGUCGGUUCCCGACUCGGACCUGGUGGGGGCAGAAAUGGUCGAGGACGGCUUUCAGGGGGAGUCGUGGGUAGUACGCCACAACCCGCAUCAUCGGUGGUAUUUCAAAUAUCGGAUGACACCCGAAGACGUACUCCUCAUCAAGUGCUUUGACUCCGAUACGUCAGUGGCACGCAGAGCAUUGCACUCGGCCUUUGAGGACCCGGACUGCCGUGACGAGGAGUCUCGGCAGAGCAUCGAAGUUCGGUGUCUAGUUUUGUACUCAGAUUCGCCAUGUGUACGUGUACACCAAGACCCGAAAAGGGGAAGUAGAUAG